UUGGUGAUAUAGGAAGAGUAGUUGCUACUGUAACUUACUGAUAUCACACAAAGCUCCCGGUUGUGAUUAGUUGGGUUCCAUUCAGCCGCUCCAACAUCAUAUUUACUCUGUCUUGGGAACUUUUGAACAACUUCCAAGUCUUCAUCUAGGUUUCUUAUAGCGAUAUACCUCCGCCUGAUGGAAGACUUGUAUUAGAUUUUAGACGAUAGCAAUGUUUACAAGAGAAUAACGUUGCAUACCCUGCUAGUAAAACGUAAGUUCCUGAAUUAUCAACAGCCAUUGCAUUUGCUUGUAAAUCUCUUCCUUCCAAAGCGAUGUAAUAUUCAUUGUUCCAGGUCGCAGCCAUGGUUUAUUUUUUUCUAAGAUACAGAAGCUUAAAUGUUCAGUACCUGAAAAGACGUGUUGUUAGAAAUGGACUUACGCACUUUGUAGCCUUGUAUACCACAAAAAUGAGUUAGUACAUACGAUAGCGGGUCACAUUUGUUUACAUUUAAUAGGAAAGCUCGACGAUUAUUUAUUUUUGAGCUGUCAUUAGUGUCAGUGUCAUGUGGCAAAGUGAGGUUAAGAUUGACUAACCUAAUAAUUUUUUUGAUGAAAAUAAAAAUAUAUUUUAUGAAAAAAUGAAUCUGUUUAAAAAAAUUCGCAUGACCCGGAAGCACUUCGGUUUAAUUGCUUUUAGGAACAACAGUUCGCAAACAACGGCUGAUUAUUGUAUGAAUUUAGUAAAGAGUUACGAUUAUGAAAAUUUUCUCAGUUUACUUUUAUUAAAAGGCAAAUCCAGAUCAUGUGCGUUUGCUGUUAGAUGUUUCAAUGUUGAAGUUGCGCGUGUGGCUGAGCAAGUUUCAACCAAAGAGACUGGUUUCAUGCGGAUGCAGUUUUGGGAAGAUACUUUAGAGAAAUGUUUUGUGGGAAAUUGUGACAAAGUACCCAGACAUCCAGUAGCAAUAGAACUGUUUAAUGCUGUGAGCCAGAAUAAAUUAUCUAAACGACACUUGAAAAACCUUAUUCUCUGUCGGAAAGAACAUUUCAAUUUGAACUCUUUUCAAAAGUUGGAAGAUAUGGAAUCAUAUUCAGAACGAUCCGUUUCAAGCGUGUACUAUUUAAUCCUGGAGGGUUGUGAUGUAAGAAAUGUUAAUGCAGAUCACGCGGCAUCUCAUUUGGGAAAAGCGCAAGGAAUUGUGCAACAUUUGCGAAGUGUACCGCAAUGUAAAAAUUUAAAUUUUAUACCACUACCUCAAUCAAUUCUAGUCAAGAAUAACGUGAGUCAAGAAGAAUUACUUCGUCGCAAAUCGACGAAAUCUUUAAGUGACUGUGUUUAUGAAGUGGCAACGAGGGCUCAUCAGCACUUGAUGAAAGCACGAAGUUUACAAGAGAAGGUUCCUUCUGAAGGACGAAGUGUUUUGUUGCCAGCAGUGGCGACGUUUACGUUUUUAAAGAGACUAGAAAAUGUAAAUUAUGAUAUAUUUCAUCCACAGUUAAAACUCAGACCAUGGAAUUUGUUAUUUAAAAUGUGGUUUAGUAAUUUUAAAAAUAAAUAUUAACAA